CCCGUCAUCCCCAGUCAUCUCCAUCCCCAACAGGCGCCCUCCCAUCGCACAGCCAACACGCCUUUCGCGCUUUCUCUCAACCCAAUCAAUCCUACCGACUACCUCUAGCAACCCUCCGCAUCCAGCAAAAACAAACACCUUCACAAUGACUUCCAUGGAUCUUCGCGUGGGCGGAAAGUACAGAAUCGGGAAAAAGAUUGGAAGCGGUUCUUUCGGUGAUAUCUACCUCGGUGUCAACAUUGUCUCUGGCGAAGAGGUUGCCAUCAAGCUCGAGUCUGUCAAGGCCAAGCACCCCCAGCUCGAGUACGAGUCCAAGGUCUACAAGACCCUCGCCGGUGGUGUUGGUAUCCCCUUUGUCAGAUGGUACGGUACCGAGUGCGAUUACAAUGCCAUGGUCCUCGAUCUCCUUGGCCCGUCCCUUGAAGAUCUCUUCAACUUUUGCAACCGAAAGUUUUCCCUCAAAACCGCCCUCCUCCUCGCCGACCAGCUCAUCUCGCGUGUCGAGUACAUUCACUCUCGAAACUUUAUCCACCGUGAUAUCAAGCCCGACAAUUUCUUGAUGGGCGUUGGCAAGCGAGGCAACCAAGUCAAUGUUAUUGACUUUGGGUUGGCCAAAAAGUACAGGGACCCCAAGACCCACUUGCAUAUCCCCUACAGGGAGAACAAGAACUUGACGGGUACCGCGCGAUACACCUCUAUCAACACGCAUUUGGGUGUCGAGCAGAGUCGAAGGGACGAUCUCGAGUCUUUGGGUUACGUCUUGAUGUAUUUCCUUCGUGGCCAACUUCCUUGGCAGGGUCUCAAGGCUGCUACCAAGAAGCAAAAGUAUGACCGAAUCAUGGAGAAGAAGAUGACCACCCCCACCGAGGUCCUCUGCCGAGGUUACCCCAACGAGUUUGCCAUCUACCUCAACUACUGCCGCUCGCUUCGAUUUGACGACAAGCCCGACUACUCUUACCUCCGCAAGCUCUUCCGUGACCUCUUUGUCCGUGAAGGCUUCCAGUACGACUAUGUCUUUGACUGGUCUGUGCAGCCCAAGAGCAGCGGGUCCGGAUCUGGCGCGGCCGGGGAUGAUCACAUGGGUCAGCAUAUUUCUUCUGGCGGGAGGAGACGAGUGGUGCCUAACGACGGUGGUGUAGCACAGGCGCAAGAUAGUCAGAGGCAACUUCGAAGCCAAACUAGGGCGAGGGACACUGGUGGUUGGUGAGCGGAUACAGGGACGACACUUCUUUAGAAGAGUCAGUUCUCAUCGUCCAAGGAAAGGCGAGAGGAGGAAGAGGAGGAUUCAUGGUUCGGCGCGCCGAGAGUCUAGACAACUACUACGACAGAUUCAACUCUAGCAGGAGACUCUCUUCCCAAGCGACCCGAUACCUUUCCCUUGUCUUCUCUCGACCGCUCCCCCUAUCAUUCUUCCUUUCUCCGCUCCCAUCUCCUUUCCAUGUCUUUAUCACGCGCCCUGUUACCUUAAUUCAGCCCCUUCUUUCCCCCCCAAACACGAGUGGUCUCUUUGACUGGUUGUCACCACUUUCGCAUAUCUACCACCCCCUCAUCCACCAUCUUCGCUCGUGUGCCCUUACACCUUUGGCAACGCGGGUAUCUGGUUGGGAUGAUCUCGCCCACAUUGUAAAUUUACAACUUCACCCUCUUCCCUCAUUUUCCACAUCGCCACAGACCAAACUCCAGUCUGCCCCAAUUGCCCGCACGGGUUCCUCGUAUGCCUCCACCCACCCCCAAAGUUGAACGUUUCAUCUCUUCCACUCCUGGUCCCUCAACUAUACUGUUAUGAGGUGACUGGUUUGAGUGGGAGAUGACGGGGUAUGGUUUGAGCGCGAGAGGGCGCCAAUGACUCUUCCCGUUUCAGCUUUUUACUUUCUAUUUCUCGAGUAUAUAUAGGCCUCUUGUUGCUGAUCAAGUAGGAUCCUUUUCCUGUUUGCUUCUGCAGUCACGAGGUCGAUUUAUCAAUUCCUGGCGUUACCCUUAGGGUCGCGUCUUUUAUACGAUUUUCUAGCUAUCAAGCUAGUGUUCCUUUUACGUAGCGAACAUCCCUUUUAUGCAUUCCAAAAACAUUUUUGU